UUCUCAACCUCUUUUACUUCUCUUUCGCAGAAGCCGUAACCGGUAUCUCUGCUUGGCUUAGACAAGCUCUCUGAGAUCGAGAUCGGGUGAGACUGUUUUAAAUUGCUAAUCAGGCGUAUCAUCAAUUAGAGAGUAAGAAAAUGGAAAGCUUAGUGGUAAGCAAUACAAGUGAGUUGAGAAUUGAUUCAAAAGUAGAAGAAGAAGGAAAAGAGAAGUUUGGUAUUGUUUCUUCUUCUUCUUUGGUGCUGAGAAAGAUUGAGUUCCAUCCAGCUAGAAAGCAAUUUAAUGGUUUCGCGAAUGGUAAUAAUAAUUACGGCAGCGAUUUUCGGAUUGAAACUCUAAACCCUGAUUCGGGUCGGAAACGGCUUCCUGGGUUGAACUUGAGUUCAUCUGUCAAGAAAGUUGACGGUUCGGAUUUUGUGGAGAAUGGACUGGAUCCGGAGCUUACUUUUGGUAUUACUUUCCGAAAAAUUGGGGCUGGUUUGGAAAAUCUCGGAAACACUUGUUUUCUCAAUUCGGUUUUGCAAUGUCUGACAUACACUGAGCCUUUGGCAGCGUAUUUACAGAGUGGCAAGCAUCAAACUUCUUGCCAUAUUGCUGGUUUUUGCGCAUUGUGUGCCAUCCAGAAACAUGUUAGCCGUGCUCUGCAAUCAACUGGGAGAUCACUGGUACCCAAGGAUCUUGUUUCCAAUUUGCGCUGCAUAUCUCGGAACUUCAGAAAUGCCAGACAGGAGGAUGCUCAUGAGUACAUGGUAAACUUGCUGGAAUCAAUGCAUAAAUGCUGCUUACCUUCAGGAGUACCAAGUGAAUCUCCUGCCGCUUAUGAAAAGAGUUUAGUUCACAAAAUCUUUGGCGGGCGCCUCCGUAGUCAGGUGGAAUGUCAACAAUGCUCAUACUGCUCCAACAAGUUUGAUCCAUUUUUAGAUUUAAGCCUUGAAAUAGUUAAGGCAGAUACUUUGCCAGUUGCACUUCGGAACUUCACUGCUGCAGAGCUAUUAGAUGGAGGAGAGAAGCAUUAUCAGUGCCAAAAAUGCAAGCAAAAAGUUAGAGCUAAGAAACGGCUAACUGUGCACAAUGCUCCAAAUGUGCUUACAAUCCAUUUAAAGCGCUUUCAUGCACAUGAUCCUGGACGGAAAGUUGACAAGAAAGUUUUGUUUGAUCAUUCGUUAGACAUGAAACCUUUUGUCAGCGGUUCCUAUGAAGGAGAUUUGAAAUAUAGUCUCUAUGGUGUUCUGGUGCAUUUUGGCCACAGUACCCAUUCUGGUCAUUAUGUAUGUUUCAUUCGCACAUCAAGUGGUAUAUGGCAUCUCCUCAAUGACAACGAGGUUCGUCCAGUUAGCGAGAAGGUUGUUCUAGACCAGAAGGCUUAUAUGUUAUUUUAUGUCCGUGAUAGAAAAGCUAAUGCUACAAAAAGGCCUGCCGAUGUGGUUCGAAAAGAAAAUGUGAAAGCAAGUAUCAGCAGUAACCUUCCAAAUUUGGUUUUAAAGCAAAUGUCAAAGGAACAUAUUGAUAAUGGUUUAAUUGGAAAUAGAUCAUUUGCUGCGAACUCCACUGCUUCUGUUAAUAAAAAAGAUGGACUAAAUUUCAGUACAUCAAAGGAGAUCCCUCAGAAGGAAGCAUUAGAUCGGCCAUCAUUUUCAGAAUGCUCAUUGAGAAAAACAAACUCUAUUGCAGAACCUUCUUCAAGUUCACCAUUGCCAGAGGACUCAUCAAAAGGAGUUACUCCAAACCCUGAUCUGAGAGAAUGCUUGUCACCUUCAGCUACAUCUAUGAACAGCAAACUUGACGCUGCUAAGUUGGAUAACACUAACAUCACAACUGGGGUUAAAGUGACUGGUUCUAAUAAGGCAUUUUCUAACUGUAAUGAGACCCAGAAUUGUCCUGUUGAAAAUCUGGUGACAAAUGAGUCCUCAGAAAAGAUUAAUCUCGUCAUAAAUAUGGGAGUUAAUGGUGCAGAAGAGAUGGUCCCAGGACUCUCUCAAUCUGAUUCUAGUGACAAAAUGUCAAACAGAAUCGUCUCUGUCAAAGUACCAAAUAAACCUACCUGUGGAAGCAUUCAGGGCGGAGAUUUCCCCCAUCAGAGCGCUGCUGGAAAUUCACAGAGAGAUCAAGGUGGUCAUAGUUGUCAACAUAUUGUGAAUGAGUUGGCUGAACCAUCAAUCCUGUCAAUUACACCAAAUCGGUGUCUGCAUAAGAAGGCUCCUGAUUGCACACCUCACAAAAAAUUUAAGAAGCUUUUGAGGCAUAGGAUUUCCAAUAUGCCUCUUGGCUUAAAAUUUUUCAGAGCAUCCUUAGGCCUGCGAAAAAGGAAGAAACACAAAAAGAGCAAGCGUGGCACUGUAGGGACCCAAAAUCUUAUAAAAGAACAGGUGAUGGAGGGUAACUGUUCAUUGUUAGAGGUUGGGCCCUCUACAUCCAAGAUGUCCAUGUCAGUUUCAUUAAUUUCAACAAAUUCUCAAAGGAAAAAGGCUAAAUCUAGUUCGAAGUGUAGAGAUGAUACCGGGAUGGAUAUUGUGGAUGAAGAAUUGAAGAGAUAUAACCAGAACAGUGAUGCAGCUCCAAUGGAUAAACAUAUAGAGAACUCUAUUUCAACAUCUGAAGUGAACCAACAUGAAGCAGUUCUACUUGAUUGUAGAGAAAGUAGGGGGGAAAAUAUGCCAGAGAAUGGGAAUAUGUGUAUACUCACACGAGGUCUGGAAGAGACAACUGUUGCAUGUUGGGAUGGGAUAGCGUUGCCUCAAUCACAAAUUGUGGAAUCGAGUAACGAGGAAAAUCUCCGCAUUGGUUAUGUGCCUGAUGAGUGGGAUGAAGAAUAUGAUCGAGGUAGGAGAAAGAAGGUGAGGCAGAAUAAGCAAGACUUUGGCGGGCCAAAUCUAUUCCAAGAAUAUGCAAGCAAAAAGACGCAAUUCAAGAAGGCGAAAAUGGACCAAUCCAGCUCUGGAAACAAACCUUUCAGGAUAUGAGCUUAAUCUGUAUCAAUUCGAAGCAACACGAUUCGUCGACAUGGUGUUAUAUUAUUAUCUAGCAGUUGCUGUGUUUACAAAAUUUUGUAAUUCUUGUUUAUUUUAUUUUUGGAAGGGUAAAAAUAUUGGGAGUGGGAAAUGGGAAGUGCUAAGACUUUGAUAUCUGUUAGAAGUCUCAGCUCAAAUAGAUUUCAUGUUGAGUAAUGUAAAACUAAUUAUCUCAUGUUGUUAAUGAAGGAACCUUUUUAUUAUGUAAAA